GCCGGACGCCCGCCGCCCUCUGGCACAGGAGCGACGCGGGAGCCGCGCGCGCGGACGGCGGGCCCGCCCCGGCCUCAGUUUCCCCAGGUGUGGGCUGGGCACCAGGCCCUGGACUCAGGCCACACCGAGGUCUGCCCUUCCACUGCCGGCCAUCACCAAGGACGCCAUGAGCCAGUUGGGGUCCGUGAGCUACAGCCCAGGUGCCGCCAAUGGCAGCCUGGGCCGGUCUGACGGUGUGGCAAAGAUGAGUGCCAAGGACCUGUUUGAACAGAGGAAGAAGUAUUCCAACUCCAACGUCAUCAUGCAUGAGACCUCCCAGUACCACGUCCAGCACUUGGCUACGUUCAUCAUGGACAAGAGUGAGGCCAUCGUGUCUGUGGACGACGCCAUCCGGAAGCUGGUGCAGCUGAGCUCCAAGGAGAAGAUCUGGACGCAGGAGAUGCUGCUGCAGGUCAACGACAAGUCACUGCGGCUGCUGGACGUGGAGACCCAGGAGGAGCUGGAGAACUUCCCGCUGCCGACCGUGCGGCACAGCCAGACGGUGCUGAACCAGCUGCGCUACCCGUCCGUGCUGCUGCUCGUGUGCCAGGACUCGGAGCAGAACAAGCCCGACAUCCACUUCUUCCACUGCGACGAGGUGGAGGCCGAGCUGGUGCACGAGGACAUCGAGAGCGCGCUGGCCGACUGCCGGCUGGGGAAGAAGAUGCGGCCGCAGACCCUGAAGGGCCACCAGGAGAAGAUCCGGCAGCGGCUGUCGGUCCUGCCUCCCCCGCAGGGCCCGGCCCCCAUCCCCUUCCAGCGCCACGGCGGGGACUCCCCUUCCCCCAAGAACCGAGUGGGCCUGCCGCUGCCGCUCAGCGAGCCAAGCUUCCGCCGUCGGGAGUCUCAGGACGAGGAGCCGCGGGCCCUGCUGGCUCAGAAGAUAGAGAAGGAGACGCAAAUCCUCAACUGCGCCCUGGACGACAUCGAGUGGUUCGUGGCUCGGCUGCACAAGGCGUCCGAGGCUUUCAAGCAGCUGAACCAGCGCAAGAAGGGGAAGAAGAAGGGGAAGAAGGGGCCAGCAGAGGGCGUUCUCACGCUGCGGGCACGGCCCCCCUCCGAGGCUGAGUUUGUGGACUGUUUCCAGAAAAUCAAGCUGGCCAUCAACCUGCUUGCCAAGCUGCAGAAACACAUCCAGAACCCGAGUGCGGCAGAACUCGUGCACUUCCUCUUCGGGCCUCUGGACCUGAUCGUCAGCACCUGUGGUGGCCCCAACAUCGCACACUCCGUGUCCAGCCCCCUGCUCUCCCGAGAGGCCGUGGGCUUCCUGCGUGGCCACCUGGUCCCCAAGGAGAUGGCACUGUGGGAGUCACUGGGGGAGACCUGGACACGCCCCCGCUCCGAGUGGCCACGGGAGCCGCAGGUGCCUCUCUACGUGCCCAAGUUCCGCAACAGCUGGGAGCCCCCCCUGGACGUGCUGCAGGAGGCUCCCUGGGAAGUAGAGGGGCUGGCGUCCGCCCCCAGUGACGAGCCCACUCCAGUGAGCCGACAGUCCUUUCGAAACUCCCAGAAACACGGCUUCAUACCUGAGCCCACAUCCCUGGGAGAUGUCAGCCCCCCACAUUCUCACAGGGGCUACGCGCCCGCACCAGCCAUGGCCAAGUACGUCCGCGUGCUCUAUGACUUCACGGCCCGCAAUGCCACCGAGCUGUCCGUGCUCAAGGACGAGGUCCUGGAGGUGCUGGAUGACGGCCACCAGUGGUGGAAGCUUCGCAAUCGCAGCGGCCAGGCGGGCUACGUGCCCUGCAACAUCCUGGACGAGACCCGGCUGGAGGACGCCCCCCCGGAGCAGGCCGGUCUGAAAUACUGGGGUCCUGCCAGUCCGACCCACAAGCUGCCCCCAAGCUUCGCUGGGAACAAAGAUGAGCUGAUCCACCAUAUGGACGAGGUCAACGACGAGCUCAUCAAGAAGAUCAGCCACAUCAAGGCGCAGCCGCCACGGCCCUUCCGCAUGGAGCGCACCCAGCCCGUGAGCCUGCCGCUCACCUACGAGUCAGGCCCCGAUGAGGUCCGCGCCUGGCUGGAGGCCAAGGCCUUCAGCGCCCGGAUCGUGGAGAACCUGGGCAUCCUGACAGGACCCCAGCUCUUCUCGCUCAACAAAGAUGAGCUGAAGAAGGUGUGCGGGGAGGAGGGCAACCGCGUGUACAGCCAGCUCACCGUGCAGAAGGCCUUCCUGGAGAAGCAGCAAGGCGGGUCGGAGCUGGAGGAACUCAUGAACAAGUUCCAUUCCAAGAACCAGAGAAGGAUGGAGGAGAGCUAGACCCGGCCGGAGGGGCCCAGCGCCCGCGGCUGGGGGAGGCGCGCGUGCGGAGGGGCCCACCCCCAGCGCCUGGAGUAUUAUUUUUGUAUGUGUAUGUAUUUUGUACCAUGGACACAGGAUGGAGUGUGGUGCUGGCUGGGGGCCGGCUCACUUGCCUCGUGACACACAGCCUGUCCUCAGCGCUGCCCCAGCCCACACUCACCCACCCACCCCAAGGCCCGCCUCAGCCAAACCUGCCACCUGGAGGUACCAGCGCCUCGUCCAGCUGCCCCCCGAGGUCUGUCCCAGACCCAGCCCAGCUCCCUUCCUCCCUCAACCCACACCUGUCCCCAAGGCCACAGAACCCCCAGGGACUUUUCCUCUGGCCUCCCCUGUCCACAUGGGGGUCCCCCGGCGCUUGUGACUCUGGCUGCUCACUUCCACACCCACCGGCACGCAACGGCUCCCCCAUACCUCUGGACGGGCUGUGGGCCCAAAGGGCAGCAGAUCUCAGUCGCCCAGCUACCCUGGGCUCUGAGCUGGCCCGGCUGGUGACCCUUGCCCUCAGAUAUUGCUCACAGCACCCACCUAGUGCACUGACCCCCAAGGGUGGCCAGGGCAGGGGGUCUCCAGGCCCCACUGGGGUGGGGUGCAUGCUGUACUCCCUCCCCCCUUUCGAGGAGCCAGGUUGGACUGGACGCACACUUACCCAAGCCCUAGCCUGGGCCACCCCCCGCCCACACCCCACCCCCUUGGCAAAGCCCAAGAAAGGAACUUUUUCUGACCGAGUCUCAGGCCAGCCUCGCCCUGCGUGCUGGGCGGGGGGCAGGUGAGUUUGGAGCUCUGGACUCUGCGGGUCACACCCCAGAGAUGAGAGGUGAUGAGGCUCAAAGGCCAAGUCAUUAAACCAGUUGUGUCUCCUGGCA